AUGAAAGAAGGUAGACAGGUUAUGAAUUAUUAUGCAUUAGCUAACAAAAGGGCUUUGACUAUAAUAAAAGGUGAUACAAAGAGAACUAGGUAUGGUUGUGAUAUAGGAUGUCCCUUUAGGUGUUUGAUUUCAAAAGAUGGCAAAACUGAAGGGUUUAAGAUAAAGACUUUCAUCAAUAAGCACACAUGUGAGGAGGCCUUUUUUAAUGCUAGAGCUGAUGCAGUUACUUUAGCUCAAUUCUUCAAGAACAAGCUUCAAAAUAAUUCCAAGUAUAAGGUAAAAGAUAUGAGAGGAGAGCUUGAAAAUGAUUUAAUAUUGAAUGUGUGUCAGUCUGAACUUAAAAGGGCUAAGAGGAUGGCUCUUGAGAAGUUGGAUGGAAGUUUUAUUGAUGACUACAACAAGCUUGAGGCCUAUGCACAAGAGCUUAAGCAAUCCAAUCCCGGAAGUGAUGUUUUGAUAAAUAUCUCUAAGGAUGCCCUGGCUGAAGGAAAAAGAAAAUUUUUAAGGAUGUACAUCUGUUUUGAUGCUCUUAAGAAAGGCUGGAAAUCUGGUUUGAGGCCAUUUAUUGGACUUGAUGGUACAUUCUUGAAAGGUAUACGUAAGGAUGUUCUAUUGGUUGCUCUAGGACAAGAUUCUAUGAGCAGUUUCUAUCCACUAGCAUGUGCAAUAGUGGACAAAGAAACAAGCAAUACAUGGUGCUGGUUCAUUGAGUUAUUGAAGGGGUCUUUGGACCUUAAAGAUGGUGCAAAAGUCACAUUCAUUUCGGAUAUGCAAAAGGGACUGAUAGAUGCUGUUGUCAAAGUGUUGCCUGAAGCUCAACAUAGGUAUUGUGUGAGACACAUUGAGAGUAACUGGUGCAGAAAAUGGAGGAGUGGUCAAAUGAGGAAGCUUAUGUGGUGGUGUGCUUGGAGUUCCUAUGUUGAAGAGUUCAAGGACCAAUUAAAUAAGUUGGGGAAACUAUCAGAAGAUGGUGCAAGAAAUUUGGUAAAGUAUCCACCAAAGGCAUGGUGUAGAGCUUAUUUUGAUACUCAGUGUAAGAACAUGAUGGUUGAUAACAACUUCACUGAAUCAUUCAAUGCAUGGAUUCUUGAGGCUAGAGCCAAGCCAAUAAUCAAGAUGUUAGAAGAAAUAAGAGUACAAGUGAUGAGAUUGCUAGUGAAAAAUGAAAAGAAGUUGAAGACUUGGGUUACAGAUUUCAGUCCGGAAUGCAUGAAGUUGUACAUCGACUACAGGGCCAUAGCACAUAGUUGUAAGGUGGAGUUCAAUGGAGAUUGGGGCUAUGAAGUGUCUGAUAGAGAAGAUAGACACACUGUCAAUCUAAAGGAAAAGAGAUGCACUUGCAGAAUUUGGGAUUUAUCAGGUAUUCCCUGCCCGCAUGCCAUCAAAGCAUUGACACACAAAAAAGUAAACCCAAUAACUGAAAUACAUUGGUCGUAUAGCAAGGAGGCUUACAUGCUAACAUAUAAAAACAAGAUGCAGCCUGUAAGAGGUCAAAAAAUUUUGAAGGUUGAUCCUUCAAGUGCAAUGUUGCCUCGUAAUGUUGUGAAACAAUUGGGUAGACCAAAAAUGAAAAGGAAUAGAGAACCAGAUGAAGAAAGAAAAAGAAAGGGUGAAUGGUCUCAGUCUAGAAAAGGCACUCAAAUGACAUGUAACAACUGUGGUAAAUCAAAUCACAAUGUCAGGUCCUGUUACAAGGAAAAAUGUACUGAAAAUAAUGCACAUUCGAAGAAAGGCAAAAGGCCAAUGUCUAACAAUGAACAUGGUUAUGAUGUUGAGGGUGGAAUUGAAGCUGAAACUGGAGCUGAGGCUGUAACACAAGAGUUUGAACCAUAUGGUCCUAAUGUUGAAGAUGAAGAAGACCCACCUCUAAGACCAAUGGUGAUUUGUGAAUCGGAAUUGAGGGCUGAGAAGUUGAAAAAAAGGGUUGUUCCAACUGGUGCAAGAAAAAUUCAGUUUUAUGGAGAUCAUAUUGGUGCCUCAGUGCCAAUUAAUCUGCCUUAUUCUCCAAUCAAAACAACAUGGAAGGGAAAAGAAGCUGUCCCUGCUGGACAUGUGCAAGUGCAAGCAAAAAAGAAAAGAUUCAAGAUGAUGGGGGUUAAGGACAGAAAUCCUGUUGUAGAUGAUGAUUUAUUGUAA